UUAGGGAAAACAUUAGCUCUAUGAAGAUGUUAGGGGGAGAAGAAAUACUAGAUAAGUUGAUGUAUUUUAAUCCAGAGAGAUGGAUCAAGGUUUACUUUAGCUUUGGAAUAAAGUGUGAUGUUGUAGACAACAACAUGGCAGAAUGUUUUAAUGCAUGGAUUUUAGGAGCUAGGCAUAAGACUAUAAUUACAAUAUUAGAGGAGAUAAGGGUAAAAAUGAUGAAAAGAGUGGGACAUAUGAGGGAUUUUUAUGAAACUUGGAUCAGUGACAUUUCUCCAAUGGCUAUGAAAGUGCUAAAUGAUAAUACAAUAAAGUCGAUGAAGUGCAACAUAGAAUGAAAUUCUAAUGCAGGGUAUGAGGUUCUUGAUAGAGGAUAUAGGCAUAUUUUGGAUCUUGAUAGACAAUAUUGCAGUUGUAGAGCAUGGAUGUUGAAGGGCAUACCGUGUCCUCAUACAGUGGCUGCUCUUCACCACAAAAAAAUGGAACUAAUAAACUACAUCUCUCACUGGUACAAUAGAGAAACUUACAUGAACACAUAUAGUUUCUUCAUUCAACCAGUUUUGAAUAUGAAGAUGUGGCCACAAUCACAGAAUAUCUCGGUUAUGCCACCUCCAGUUAAGAUGCUACCAGGUAGGCCUGGAAAGAAUAGGAAGAAAGAAGAAGGUGAAACCAAAAAGAAAACUGUAAAGUUGUCCAAGAGGGGGAUUGAUAUUUCAUGUGGCACAUGCCAUAGCAAGGGUCACAACAAAAGAAGAUGUCCAACAGGUGCACCUGCUGCUGGCACUAAUGCAAAUCGUGGCCCAAGUCCAUCUGCUGGUGCAGACCCAAGUACAGCCCCUACUGUUGGAAAAGGGAGAGGUUCAACUGGAAGAGUAAGGGGUAGACCACCAAAGAAUUCUACAGAAAAGUGUGCUGACAGACCAAGAAUGGUUGGAAUGGGAUUACUUCACACACAAAGUGGAUGCACAAUUUUUAAUCCGGGAAUGCCUAGUGAAAGAUUCAAAACUGCCAAGUUUUCAGCAUUUGUGACUGGAAAUCUCGGAUAUACACAAAAAACUGCUGUAAAAUGGAAAGGAAAAAAAGUUAUGACCUCCAGGCAACUACAAGAAAUGAGAGGCAGAAAACAAAUGCAAAAUUGUGUCAUAAUUCCUUUAUGCACUUCAGGAAUCAUGGCUAAUUCUUUCCCAUCUGUUGUAUAUAUUGUUGAUAAUAAUCCAUAA